GGCCGCCAGGUGACUCCAAGAUGGCGGCCACUGCAACGGCAGUAACGGCUGCGGCGUGAGGGGAGGACGCUUGCUUCCGCUCGGGCCAUGGCGGCGCUCUGGGCCUUGCCGGGCCCGGAGUGAGGCGAAGAUGUCCGAGAGCUACUCGCGGUGGCUGCUGCGCGUGUCGGUGGCGCAGGUGUGCCAGGCGCUGGGAUGGGACUCGGUGCAGCUUUCCGCCUGCGACCUCCUCACCGAUGUGCUGCAGCGCUACCUCCACUCCCUGGGCCGGGGCUGCCGACGCUACUGCGAGCUCUAUGGCCGGACAGACCCAAUUUUGGAGGAUGUGGGUGAAGCCUUUAAGCUCAUGGGGGUCAACCUUCACGAACUGGAAGAUUACAUACUCAAUAUUGAGCCGGUUACUUUUGCACACCAGAUCCCUUCCUUCCCUGUGAGUAAAAACAACGUACUACAGUUUCCUCCGCCCGGAAGCAAAGAUGCCGAGGAGAGGAAGGAAUAUAUUCCAGAUUACAUGCCACCUCUCGUCUCGUCUCAAGAAGAGGAAGAAGAAGAACAGGUGCCAACGGAUGGAGGGACUUCCGCCGAAGCCAUGCAGGUUCCUUUGGAGGACGAAGGAGAAAUGGAAGAAGAGGAGGCUGUGAACGACGAAAACUACUUAAACAAGAGGCCCUUAGAAAGCCCGGAGUCCGAGGAAAUGCCUGCGGCGAAGCGCCCCAAACUAACAAACACGAAGGGGGAGGCGCUCGAAGUCACCCUGGAGGCACGCGAGCCUCUUAGCUCGAUCAGUACCCAGAAGGUGCCUCCAAUGCUUUCCCCAGUUUGCGCUCAGGAGAGCGGUGAGCAGGUGCUGUCUUCUCCAGAGCCCCCAGUCCUGGCUCCCAUCGCAAAGUCGCAGCUGCCCAUCCCAAAACCCCCCGAACCCAAAGCCCUUCUUCCUAAACCCAAGGUGAAAACCGUCUCUCCGGUGCAGAAGACCAAAACGCCCAAAGUUUCCCCGUCGCCGGCCGUUACGGGCAGCCCCAUUCGCUCGCCCAAAAUUGGAACCAAGGAGAAAAAAUCUGCGGGCCGAGCGAAGAGUCCCCGAAGCCCGAAAAGUCCGAAACUUCCCAUCCACGUGGUUCCUCAGAUUACAAUCAAGCAGGAGACCCCGAUUAAAACCCCAUUAGUCGUCUUGAGUGAAAAGAUGGGGAAAGAGACUCUCCAGGUUAAGCAAGUGCUGAUGCCAGCUGAACCUGCCAAAGCCCCUAGUGAGAACCCAGGAAAGAAAUUCACUGUGAUUGACAAGACAAUUGACGAUUCCAUCGACGCGGUCAUUGCCCGGGCGUGUGCAGAACGGGAUCCCGAUCCGUUUGAGUUUUCCUCCGGGUCCGAAUCCGAAGGAGACGUUUUCACGAGCCCCAAAAGACUUUCUGUGUCUGAGCCUCCUAUCCCGAAAGCUUCCGUUUCUGCAAAUAGCAGCUUGAAUAAAGCAGGAAGCACCCCGAUUCCUCCUUGUGGAGGAACCUCAAGUUCGGAUAUUUCAUGGACGAUGGACGACUCCAUUGACGAGGUGAUCCGCAAAGCCAACCUGGGUCCUCACGCGCAUUUACCGGCAAACUUCCCUUAUUUCUCGUCUCCCUCGGCUUCUCCGCCCACGCCCGAGCCUUUGCUCAAAAUCUACGAGGAGAAGACCAAGCAGGCUGCCUCGGUGGAGGUGAAGAAGAAGCUGAAGAAAGAGCUGAAGACCAAAAUGAAAAAGAAAGACAAGCAGAAGGAUAAGGAGAAGAGCAAAGAGAAGAACAAGGACAAGGAGAAGAACAAGGAGAAGGAUCGAGACAGGGAAGGAGGCAAAGAAGCCAAAUUUGCGUGGAAGGACCUGAUCAGAGAAGAUGACCUGGAUUCUUUCAAGUUCAAAAUGAAGGACUUUGAGGAUGACACGAAAGUGAAGAUCAAAGAGCCCGGGCCCAAAAAAGAACGCGAGAAACACAAGAAGAAGGAGAAAGAGAAAGGCAAAAAGGACCGGGAGAAAAAAGACAAGGAGAAAAUGAAAGAUAAAACGAAGGACAAGGCUAAAGCUUUGUCAGUCCCGCUGGUCCUCCCUCCCAAAGACCUGCCCCUCCCCUUGUACUGCACCCCCACCGCUCUGAAGCUCCCCUCCCUGCUGCAGCCCCCCUCUGCGGUCCUUCCCGAGAAGCUGUUCGAGGAGAAGGAAAAGCCCAAAGAGAAGAAAAAAGACAAAAAAGAGAAGAAGAAAAAGAAAGAGCGGGAGAAGGACAAAGAGAAGGAGAAGAGGGAGAAGGAGAAAGAGAAAGAGAAGAAGGAACGGGAGAAGAAGGAGAAAGAGAAAGAGAAACACAAACACGAAAAACAGAUCAAAGUGGAACCCGUCAUACCUGCCCCAUCGCCUGUGAUUCCCCGGCUGACGCUGCGAGUGGGUGGCCAGGACAAAAUUGUCAUCAGCAAAGUGGUGUCCACGACGGAGCCUAAGCCGUUACCUCUCCUGGUUCGACCUAAAACGCCCCCGCCGCCGCCAUCUCCCGCACCAGCUCCCGUCCACGUCACCCCUCCACCUCCUCCUCCUUCGACGGUUCCUCCUGUGCCCCCAGCUGCCAUGGCUCCAGCUCUGAUUCCACCUUCUUCCCCAGCACCGUCUGCCAUGGGAAGCUCUAAAGUCCCUGUUCGAAGCGUUGUGACAGAGACCGUCAGUAAUUACGUGAUACGAGAUGAGUGGGGAAACAAGAUAUGGAUCUGUCCCGGUUGCGAAAAGCCGGACGACGGUAGCCCAAUGAUUGGGUGUGACGAUUGCGACGACUGGUAUCACUGGCCUUGCGUCGGCAUCACAGCUGCUCCCCCAGAAGAGAUACAGUGGUUCUGCUCCAGAUGCGCCAGCAAAAAGAAGGACAAAAAACACAAAAAGGGGAAACACAAAGCACACUGAGGUGGUGGAGAAUUGUCAGGUGGGGACCCUGGACCUUCCUGUUCCCAAGUCCUCUUUCAGAGGGAUCUGGUCCAGCUUCUGCUGCCUGUCCGUUGCCAUCACAUUUCUGAGGAUUUGGAUUCCUGGAGGAACCACAAAGAUGCACAAUCUUAAGACACAAUUCUGUCCCUCCCGUUCUCUCUCUCUCUCUCUCUCUCUCUCCUCCACCAAGUGUGACAGACAUGAAUUGAGAAUUUAUGGACUCACCAGCCAGAAGAACAAUCAGCUGAGCAGCAAAGACUUCUGUAAAUAUAGCCACUUUUUCCAAGUCUGUGUUUGCCCGGUUUAAGAACCGGGAGAGGCUAAUAAUUAUGAUCCUUUCGAAGCCCUUGGAGUGAUUUACACAGCCUCUGCAAAGCCAGAAAAUCAGAUGUGAUUCGGGAUGGAGUAAAGGACUGGUAGAUAUUCUUCUGAAGGGAGUAUUUGAAACUUUACUUUCUCCUCGUUUUUUUUUCCUUCUCCCAUUUUUUUUUACGACAACGUAAAUAAAUUUGCCUUAGCUUUUUGUGUAA